AUGUCAGCAGCAGAGAAACUGCACUCGGCCUGUGACGAAUGUCGUUCACGAAAGUUGAAAUGCUCCGGCGAUACGCCGGUAUGCGUACGAUGCAAAAAAGAAGGCAUAGGCUGUGUUUAUUCGCCGCAGAAGCAGAUGGGGCGACCCAAGAAGCGGAGGCGUGACGGUGAAGCAGAUGGGCCGGCGCAACAUCCUGGGAAGAACGACGCAGGACCAAAUGGCAGUUUAUCGGGACUUCUGGUCGAUCACCCGCAACUGGACUAUGGCUUAACUGCCCUGCACGAGCAGCCACAGUCGAACGGGUCGAGCCACACCACCGACAGUGGCAUCGCAGUAUCAAUGCACGACAGCCGAAACAUCACACCAAAUUUCGAUGACACUCCCACAAACGAUUUUGGCUUCAACCUCGACUUCACCAUCGAUCCAUCCCUGUGGAAUCUCCCACCACCAACCCCACAGCCGCCAGAGAACAACCCCUGCACAUGCCUAUCGACGACCUACCUAACCCUCAGCACCCUCCAGACCCUCCCCACCUUUUCCUUCCCCCAAGUAAUUCCCCCUUUACGCACCGCCAUGUCUGCCCUCGCCACCCUCAUUCACUGCCCAACCUGCCCGCUAGACGCCUUCACCGCAACCCAAAACGUCCAAUCUAUAACCUCCCUCUUCAAAGCCCUGACCGCGCGCUACGCAAAGGCUCUCCUUGACAUCAACGCAGAAGCCACGCGCCUCGCCCUUACAAACACCAAAAAAAGGUUCCGCGUCGGCGACACCAAUCCUGCACUUGCCCAUUUGCAUACGGGCACGGCGGACUGCCCGCUGGGAUUCAAUAUCGACCUCGAGGCCCGCGAGUGGAAGAAGAUUGCAAAGACCGCGUUGAAGAUGGAGGUUUGGGGUGGAGGCAGUGGGGCAGUGUGUCUUGUGGGUUUGUUGGAGGAGUGCGAGGAGAGGCAGAGGGUGUGGCAUGGGGAUAAGGCUACUUGGGGCGAGGAGAUGAGACAUUUGAGGAGAGGGGGUGAGUGUGGAGAGGGCAAGGCUUGUGAGGCGUUGGGGGCAGAGCACAUCAGGCGGGGGAUUGAGGGCAUGGAUUGGGAGUGA